AUGGUUCUACUGCUGGAGGAGAACAUCCUCACUUUUGUGAAGAAAGAGCUGAAGAAGAUCCAGAAGGUUGUGAGCUCAGAUUACUCAGAGUGCUUAGAGAGAGAGGAUGAGGAGGUGCUGGAUGAAGAGCAGAAGAGGAGCAGAGAGGCAUUUGUGAAGAUCUCAGUGCACUUCCUGAGGAGAAUGAAGCAGGAGGAGCUCGCUGAGUGUCUGCAGAGCAGACUUCUUCCUGCAGAUUGUCAGCGUGAACUCAAAUCCAACCUGAAGAAGAAGUUCCAGUCUGUGUUUGAGGGCAUCGCUAAAGCAGGAAACCCAACCCUUCUGAAUGAGAUCUACACAGAGCUCUACAUCACAGAGGGAGGGACUGCAGAGGUCAAUCAAGAACAUGAGGUCAGACAGAUUGAAACAGCAACCAGGAGACCAGCCAGACCAGAAACAACCAUCAGACUAGAAGACCUCUUCAAAGCCUCAGCUGGAGAAGAACCAAUCAGAACAGUGAUGACUAAGGGAGUGGCUGGCAUUGGGAAAACAGUCUUAACACAGAAGUUCACUCUGGACUGGGCUGAAGACAAAGACCACCAGGACAUACAGUUCACAUUUCCAUUCACCUUCAGAGAGCUGAAUGUGCUGAGAGAGAAGAAGUUCAGCUUGGUGGGACUUGUUCAUGAGUUCUUCAGUGAAACCAGAGCAGCAGGAAUCUGCAGGUUUAAAGAGUUCCAGGUUGUGUUCAUUUUUGACGGUCUGGAUGAGUGUCGACUUCCUCUGGACUUCCACAACAAUGAGAUCCUGACUGAUGUCACAGAGACCUCCUCAGUGGAUGUGCUCCUCACAAACCUCAUCAGGGGGACGCUGCUUCCCUCUGCUCGCCUCUGGAUAACCACACGACCUGCAGCAGCCAAUCAGAUCCCUCCUGAGUGUGUUGACAUGGUGACAGAGGUCAGAGGGUUCAAUGACCCCCAGAAGGAGGAGUACUUCAGGAGGAGGUUCAGAGAUAAGCAGGCCAAGAGGAUCAUCUCUCACAUCAAGACCUCACGAAGCCUCCACAUCAUGUGCCACAUCCCAGUCUUCUGCUGGAUCACUGCUAGAGUUCUGGAGGAGGUGUUGAAGACCAGAAAGAGAGGAAAGCUGCCCCUGACCUUGACUGAGAUGUACAUCCACUUCCUGGUGGUUCAGUCCAAAGUGAAGAAGGUCAAGUACGAUGGAGGAGCUGAGACGGAUCCACACUGGAGUCCAGAGAGCAGGAAGAUGAUCGAGUCUCUGGGAAAACUGGCCUUUGAUCAGCUGCAGAAAGGCCACCUGAUCUUCUAUGAAUCCGACCUGACAGAGUGUGGCAUCGAUAUCAGAGCAGCCUCAGUGUACUCAGGAGUGUUCACUCAGAUCUUCAGGGAGGAGAGAGUACUGUACCAGGAGGUGUUCUGCUUUGUCCAUCUGAGUGUUCAGGAGUUUCUGGCUGCUCUUCAUGUCCAUCUGACCUUCAUCGACUCUGGUGUCAAUCUGCUGUCAGAAGAACAAACAACCUCUCUGUUGUCUAAACUCUCAAAACCCAAUCCUGAACCAAUGAGUCUCUACCAGAGUGCUGUGGACGAGGCCUUAAAGAGUCCUAAUGGUCACCUGGACUUGUUCCUCCGUGGAGGCUGGGACAGUGAGCUGGGAGAGUUUGGGUUGAAGUACCUCCAGGAUGAUGAUGUUGAACGCUGA